CCCAACUACCCCCCGGUCACUGGCUCUCCUGUUUAUCAAUCUCCUAUAUGGAAAAUCUUUUACCCUCUAUUUCUCUGCGAACCACAAAGACAAAGUCAAGACACUCAAUUCUACAGUAUUUUAGAAAAAAUAAGAAUGGGUAGAAUCAAUAACACGACAUGGCAGAUUUUAUCUCAAAAAAACCGUGAAACAAUCGAAUCACCUGAACUAAACACCACCCUCAGCACUACACAUAUAGUAGGAUAUAGAGAAAAUGCAAACCUAAUUAACAGACUUAUGUGCACUAUGAUUUCCACUCAAGAAAACAAAUUCAUGAUUUCCAACAGCAUAGACAUCGUUAAUAAUAACCUACUAUACAAUGACAAAUCAAUGCUCUGCGAAUUCAAAAUCAAAACCAACUUACCAGAAAAAAUCAGAAUUCAACCCGGCAUAAGAGUUAUGUUUCUAACUAAUUCACAACACCAACAUCGAAUAGCAAAUGGAGCCAUAAUAAACGUUUCUUUCUCCAAAUUUACUAGCAACUUCAGUAUAAAUGGGACACCCGCUAGUCGAACUCAAUUCCCGAUACAAAAUGCAUUUGCAUUGACGGUCCACAAAACACAAGGACUUAACCUUCCCGACGUAUCAUUAAAUCUGGAUGAUCAAAUAUUCGCACCUGGACAAGCCUAUGUAGCGCUAAGCUGCUGUACUAAUUGGAACCACAUAAAAAUACAGUCAUUAAACGACACUGCCUUCAUUACAGAUCAGUCCAUGAUCAGAGAAUAUGAACGAUUGGAACUAAAAACUCAAGAACCUCUACCACUAAACAGACCAACAUAA